GACAACUCUCGCGAGACUUGGGCCGUUGACGGCGUUUGACGUGUCUCCGUCAACACAACAAUGGCGGAAGCUGUGGAGGGAGCUUUACUGGCCACUUGGGACCAGGAUCUAGCGGAGGCUCUGGACUCGGGCGGUUCUGACAUGGAGAUGGAGAAAGGCGUGGUCCAUGUGCAGGAGGAUUGUGUGGGACAAAGAGCAAAGAUGUGGAAGAUUGCUCUGAACGUGUCCGGCAAAGGAGACAGUCUCUCUCCCUGGGAUGGCGUCCUGGACUUACCAGAACAGACGCUCAUUCACACCCGCAGUCAGCACCUGAUUGACCAGCUGGAAGCGUCCGACGGGGACAGGACGGGUCUGGUGUCCGACGUGGAGGCGGUCAUCACCUUCUACUGCAAGUCUCGCAACAUCAGCUUCACCUCGGAGCUGAGCUGGCCACACCUCCUCAAGCCGCUGCUGGGCCUGGGGCUGCCGCGCAGCGACCUGUACAACUGCUUCUACGCUGUCAUGAACAAGCACAUCCCACGGGAGUGCGUGCCCAAAGGCCACCCCUUCCACCUGUACAGACUACUCCUGCAGUACCACGAGCCAGAACUCUGCUCCUUCCUGGACACCAAAAAGAUCACCCCUGACUCCUACGCCAUCCACUGGCUGGGAAGCCUGUUCUCCAGCCAUUGUCCGCCCGAUGUCACGCAAGCCCUGUGGGACGCCUACCUCCAGCAGGCUGACCCUUUCUUCGUCUUCUUCCUCAUGCUCGUCAUCCUCGUCAAUGCCAAAGAAACCAUCCUUGCCAAAGAAGCAGACAGCAAGGAAGCCAUCGUCCAAAUGCUGGAAGACUCUCCAUCCCGGCUGGAAGCUGAAGACAUCGAGGAUCUGUUCUCUCUGGCCCAGUACUACCAGAGCAAGACCCCUCUGUCGCUCAGGAAGAUGAACCAGAACCUGUUUGGGAGCAGCCUGGUGGCUCUGAAAGAGGAGGACAUAGACCUGAGUCAGGCUCUGUGCCUCCCCGUGUCUGUCCCUGAAAUCCUGCAGGCCAACCAGCUGCAGCAGGACGGAGUGCGCUUCUUUGUGGUGGACUGCAGGCCGGCCGAGCAGUACAACGCCGGGCACCUGUCCACGGCCUUCCACCUGGAUUCGGACCUUGUGAGUGUUUUCUGCUUGAGGACCAAAGAGCUUCGUCACACCCAUGUGUCUCUACAGAUGCUCCAGAACCCAUCAGAGUUCGCCCUCUCGGUGAAGUCUCUCCUGGAGGCCCAGAAGCAGUCUCUGGAGUCGGGCUCCGUCGCCAGCGGAGAGCACCUGUGCUUCAUGGGAAGCGGCCGAGAGGAGGAGGACAUGUACAUGAACAUGGUGCUGGCCCACUUCCUGCAGAAAAACAAAGAGUACGUCAGCAUCGCCAAGGGGGGCUUCAUGGCCCUGCAGCAGCACCUCGUGGACAUGAACGUGGAGGGUUUGGACUCCUCCUACAUCCACUGGAUCGUCAGCACUUCAGGAUCGCACAGCAGCCUGAGCUCGGCAGACGGGGACUCUCUCAGCGACAGCAAAGGUGUCAAAUCUCUGGUCAACAAGAUGACCUUCGCCCUCAAGUCCAAGUCGGUGAACGUGAAAGAAAAGAUGAUCAGCUUCAUUGAGAACACAGCGACACCUGUCGACAGAAUGUCUUUCAAUCUGCCCUGGCCAGAGAAGGCGAUUCCUGAUAGACACGUCAGCAGCAGCGACCGGGUGGGCAAGCCGUAUCGGGGCGUGAAGCCCGUCUUCAGUAUCGGCGACGAAGAGGAGUACGAUACAGACGAGAUCGACAGCUCGUCCAUGUCCGACGACGACAGGAAGGAGAUCGUCAACGUCCAGACCUGGGUCAACAAAGCGGACGUCAAGCAUCACAUCCCGUGCAACGAGGUCAAGGAAACGGGUCACAUGUUCCCCAGCCACCUGCUCGUCACGGCGACUCACAUGUACUGCUUACGCGAGAUCGCCUCCAGGAAAGGUUUCGCCUACAUCCAGUCCAGGCAAGCACUGAGCUCCGUGGUGAAGAUCACGUCGAAGAAGAAGCACCCGGAACUCAUCACCUUCAAGUUCGGAAGCAACAACUCUGCAGGGGUGGAGAUCUCCGCAGUGGAACGGUAUUUGAUACCCAACGCCGGCGACGCCACCAAGGUGAUCAAGCAGCAGAUCAUGAAAGUUCUGGAUGCCCUGGAGAGCUCCUAGAGAGGACCAAGGACUCUGCAGAUUGUGGGCUCAGACUGCACAGGGGCGGCGUGACACACUCCCACAGUCAAGCCACGCCCCUCUUACACUAACUUAUGAAAUCUGUAAUAUAUAUAUAUACAUAUAUAUAUAUAUAUUGAAUAUACUGUAUUUUUCUUUGAUUCUACAAACAUGACAGUAUAAUUCUUCUUUGGACGCUCCCUUCUGGCCUUAACUGAGCACAGGUUUAGUGAUUCCAGUUUGAACACUCCACAGGAAGUGGUCGUCCACACAAGUGGACUAGAAUUAGUGAAGAUGGUCUGGCACUGCCUUUGGAGCUUGGAGAGUUACACUACUUGAUUUCAACAACAAAAACAGGAGUCACGAGGGGAAUGUUUACAGUGUUGUCGUUCCCUUUUGAGGCUCCUCCCACUGGACUCUUGCACAGGCUUCAGAGUUGUUUGUAUUACGAAGCCAGGUUCUUUAAAAACAAAAACAAAGCCUUUUGGAGAGCAGCCUUAUCAAGUUGGAAGUGUAGUAUAAAUAUGUACAUACGUGAGUGCUGGCAUAUAAAGCACAUUC